AUGGUCACUUGUCACGUGACCAAAACAGUGCCUCGCAGCAGUCGCAGAAGGAAGUGACAUUAGCGGCUAACGAAAAUCGACCUUUCACUAAAGACCUCACCAUAAUACGUCCCUGCCAACCACCCAGAUUGAUAAAAGGUAGCCCAACGUUAGGCUAUGCCACAGAAAGAUCCGUGUCAAAAACAAGCAUGUGCUAUUCAGACGUGUUUGCAAGCUAACAAAUACAAAGAGAGCAUGUGUGAGGACGUGAUCAGGGAGAUGCGGCGGUGCUGUGAGACGCAGGCUGGAAAGUCCAUCUGCUGCUCCGGAUUCAAGGACUCAAAGCCCACCAAGAGCACAAGUAACACUUAGCUCCGUGUGGGAUCCUUUUGAUGGACAUUUUGAUAGAAACACUGUGGCAAUGUUUUAUUGACUGUGUAAUAUUCUUUGCAAGUAUCAUGAGCCCUGGAGCUGACAUACCAUCUCCAGUGUUAACUAUAUUUUUAAUUACUCCAGGGUUUGACAACUCAAAAUGUCACUCUGGUCACAUCAUAAAGUUGAAUAAGCUGUCAGAUGUAGUAUUUAUUAAAGUUCGAAUGAAUUAUUUUCUAA